AUGAACGAUCUAUCAGGCCUUGACUGGUCCGGGGGGGCAGGCUCUAAGAAGCCCAGCAUGCCCCCGCCCCCGAUGUCGUUUCCCUCUCUCCAACCGAACCCUUCGCCCUUCAGCUCGAACCGCAGCACGCCCGCGCCGACGCAGAGCUCGACCAUCCCGCCGUCUCAUCAGCAGCCUACGAGAUCUGCCACGGCCCAGGACAGCUUCAGUAAUCUGGCCAAGUUUGGCCCCGCCAAGACGAACGAGAACCUCACUCUCGCCCAGCGACAGGUCCAACUCGAGGAGGAGAAGCGGCGCAAGGCCGAGGAGCAGAAGAGGAUUACGGAAGCGCAGUUCGGAAAUGGCCAGUUCUGGGACUCUCUCGGGUCGCGCGGUAGUCCCUCUCCCGCAGCCGCAGCCCAGAAUCUUCCACCGCCCAGCAGCAACGAUGACGACCUCUUUGCUGCUUUCAACAAGGACACUCAAGUCGAUAACGCCAGCCACUUCCCGCCCCCUACCACUUCCGCCUCGCAGCGAUCGACGCCCGUAAACGAUCCGCCUCUAGACUUGAGCGACCCUUCCUCAUGGGGCGGCUCGGCCCGACCGUCGGCGGCCCCCUCUGCGCUGGAUGACGACGACCCGUUUGGCCUUAACGAGAUGAAGCCUGCUGCUUCUUCCCCUGCGCCCCCGCCGACCCAGCCUACCGCAGACGACAAUGACUUUGACUUCAUGGGAGACCUCAAUCGACCUGUGGACGAGGUGCGUAGGCGGCAGGCUGCGUCUCAACCGCAACCGGCACCUGGGAAGCCAAUCGAGGGCGACGAUUCUAGCUCCGAUGACGAUGUACCUAUCCAGCCACAGAGACAGCCUCAGAGACAGCAAGCGCCGCCCCGACCGAUCCAGGGCCGGCCGCCGGUAAAGGAUGCCGGCUUUGACCGAGCCGUUGCACAGCUUGUAGACUACGGGUUCUCGGCCGAAGACGCCCGGCGUGGUCUGCUGGAGAGCGGGGCCGGCACCAAUGUCCAAGCCGCGGCCAACUGGCUUCUUGACGAUGCUCAUCGAAAGUCUAAGGCGAAGGCCGAAGGACGCGACCCAUCCACGGUUUCGGCCCCGCCGCUGAGACAGGCUGGAUCGCCAGCCAACGGCGAGGCCGACUUCACCCACACUGCAGCCGCCAUGGGUAACACUCUGUUCAAGACGGCCAACUCGCUCUGGAAGACUGGCCAGAAGAGGAUGCAAAAGGCUGUCGCCGAAUUCCAGCAAUCGGAGGCAGGUGACCCCAGCCAGCCCCGAUGGCUCAGGGAGGCCCAAAUGCAGCAGGUCGCUGGAUCGGCAGCCCAAGCUAGCAGCAAUACGACCGACGAGGCCAUGAUGCUUGAGUCCGGUGAACGACCCCGGCCAUCGCGUACCAGCAGCCGCCAGCAGGAGAAGCCGCACCCGUCUUCCAGCCGGCCUACAUCGCAGACGGGUUCCAGUCGGAACAGCCCUGUGCCCCGUUGGCAGCAGCAAUCGGCGCCACCGGCCAUGGUUGAUCCCAAGGCCAAGAUUGACCGGAUGAAGGCCGAUGAUGACAACUUCUCAACCUAUAGCAGCCCCAAUCGACGACGGGGACAGCAGACGCAGACCCAACCGGCCCCGGCCCUGGGGAGACAGGUUGAGCCGGAACCAGAUCUACUGUUCAACAGCCAGGCGCCGCCAGCACAGCCACUCCCCGUACGGCCGGCGCAUCAGCAGCAGCAGCAGCAGCCGGCAAAGCGGCCUUCAGCACCCAGGCCAUCACCCCCCGUGCAAGCCAGGCCGACGCGCCAAAUUCCUCCUAUAUCGCCAGACGCCCUAGAGCGAUCGACGCGGCACCGCCUAGAAGGCACAGCGCACUUCAAGCGGGGUGACUAUGCUGCGGCCCACGCAUCCUACUCAUCGUCGCUCUCGGCCGUGCCGUCGACUCACCCCCUGGCUAUCCUGCUGCUCACCAACCGCGCGCUGACGGCCCUCAAGACGGGCGAGCCGAAGCAGUCUGUCGACAGCGCCGACCAGGCCAUCAAGCUCAUCGGCCCGGGCAACGGGCAGGGCGAGACGGUAGCCGUGCGCGGGGAGACGGGCGUCGACGAGAUCCGCGACAUGAGGGACCUGUACGGCAAGGCGUUGAGCCGCAAGGCCGAGGCGCUGGAGCAGAUGGAGAAGUGGGCCGACGCCGGGGUGGUGUGGCAGCAGUGCGUCGAGGCCGGGCUGGGCGGCGCCAACGCCAUCAAGGGCCGGCAGCGGUGCCAGAACGCCACCAAGCCCAAGGCGCCGACACCCGCAGCGGCAGCAGCAGCACCUAGGAGGGCGCCUGCCCGUCCCAAGCCGUCGACCGCGGCCAGCCUGACACCCCCCCAGAGCUCCAAGGCCGUCACCCGUCUACGCGAGGCUAACGAGGCGGCGGUCAAGGAGGAGAUGGAGCGCGUGGCCAUGACCGACGCCGUGGACGCCAAGGUGUCGAGCUGGCGCGACGGCAAGCGGGAUAACCUGCGAGCCCUCCUCGGAAGUCUGGACCAGGUCCUCUGGGCCGAGAGCGGCUGGAAGAAGAUUAGCAUGGCCGACCUUGUCAUGCCCAACAAGGUCAAGAUAAACUACAUGAAGGCCAUUGCUAAGACACACCCGGACAAGCUCCCCCAAGAUGCCAAUACUGAGGUUCGGAUGAUUGCUGGAUUAGUAUUUAGCACUCUGAACGAGAGCUGGGAUAAGUUCAAGGCGGAGAAUGGGCUAUGA